AUGAUUAGGAGGUUCAAAUUUUGCCAUCCAAUAGUAGUUGUAGAUGGUGCUCAUUUAAUCGGGCCAUAUCAAGGAACGUUUGUAUCAGCGAGCACUCUUGAUGGUGCAGAGGCUAGAGUACUUCCUAUUUUAGAUUUCCUUGAAGAAGUUAAGAUUCUAUUCGCUGCAUGGAAUUGUAAGAACAGUGAAAUUGCAUCUUAUACAAACACAACGUUUGGGAGAAGAUUUCAAGAAAUUCUAACUGAUAAUGGAGUUAAGUCAUUACGGAUGAUGGUUAAGGCUGCUGGUAGUUAUCUGUACUGUGUGUAUGAAUCAGGAAGGAGGUACAUUAUUGAUAUUGAUCAUGACACGUGUAACUGUUGUCGGCCAAACACCAUUGUCAAGACAUAUGAACUCCCCAUAGUUCCUAUGCCAGAGAUGAAAGAUUGGAUUGUUUCACAUUUUGUUGAUGCCGACGAAGUUUUGCCACCCAAAUACAAAAGACCUCCUAGGAGGCCAAAGAAAGGAAGGCAUUUGAAAUCUAGUGAAUCACUUAUAAGUUCAAACCAUUACAGUAAAUGCAGGCGUGCAGGCCACAACCAUAGGACGUGA